AUGGGCCUCCCAAUCUGGCGCGCGCCGUCUCCUGCCGACCAGCGCGCCCAGGCAGUCAAAAACGACGCGUCUGCCGCGACGCGCUCUCCUAUACGCCGCUCUUCGCCAACCUCGUCGCGUCCGGGGCGCACAUCGGCGCGCAGCGAUGCAAACGGCUACACUCGCCGCUACAUCAACGUCGCGGAGCUUAUCACGCGCCGUGCAAAUGAGUGGGAGGCCGAGAGACGCAACCAGGAGCGCCGGAACACGGACCUGACCGGCAUGGCUGACGACUGGCUCUCUGACCUUGACCGGCUGGAGUCCAUCACAUCCGAGUUGCGCGCAUCAACCCGCAGCCCUGAAGAGCGCGUCCAUCUGUAUAUCAGCACCGAUGGCCCCACUCUGCGCGCUAGCCGCUUCGAUCACAGCCAGCCCGACGAUGAUCGUAACCCACAACUCCUCAGAUUUCGUUCCGGGUCCCAAGAACGGGAGUCGAGUAGUGAUCCGGAUCGUCCUCGUCCACGGCACAUGAGGGAGCGCGCGCUCGAUCUGAUCUCCAGGACGUCCAACAGACGGCGCCGGGUGUGGUCGAGCAGGGCUCAAGAGCCGCUUGGAGAGCUGCCAAGACACACCUAUCGCCGCGCACCAAGCAACUGGCCUUUCUCCAACGAUUCUGCCGACGGUGACGAGGAACCUGCUCCAACGGACGCCGGCCGCGACUUGAGGGAUGCCACCCGCGAUCUGCCUCCCCUCCGGCGCAUGGGUCGGCGACAGGUCACGGACGGACUUCUGCCAGCCAGCUCUCUGCGGCAUACUUGGAGCCCUCCUGGCACUGUCGAUGGACUCGGAGACCGCGAGCGCAGUUUGAGCCCUCCCGCAGACCCCUGGGAGACGAUGCUCACCACCAUCACGCCCGAUGCGCAGCUCCCUAGCGCAGACUCAUCGUUCACCUCCGCAGCCGCUUCCGCUUCCUUCUCCGCCUCGAACAACUCUCAAGAUGGCUCCGAGUCGGGUCGCGCUGCCUCUGCAGCCUCUCCGAACACCCAGCUCACCGUUCCUUCUCGCCGUCAGAGCCCGGACGAGUCGUCCUCUUUGUUGCCACAGCGUGGCUGUGAGACCGACGAUGACAUAUCUGGGAAUGAUACGGAGGGCGAGGAGAGACUCGAUACACACGGCUCAGCGGCACGCUCUCGCAGAAAUAGGUCGUACGAGUUCGGGUCGCACUCCCAUCGGGAUGGCCCGCCUACGCGCAACCCGGCCGCUUACCCACCUUCCGUUCGGUCGCGCUCCCACGACGCAACGCAGCUUGUCCGGAACUACUUCGCAUUCGCUGAGCGUGCAUCGUCCUCUGACAGGUCCAGCCCCUCGGCUUCUUCCCGUUCGCCGCCGCCGCCUUCUCAAUUUAGGGUCGAAUAUCUCCCCCGUGUUCCGCGUCUGCGUCGAGAGAACAGCAGCGGUGUUGAACGAAGCUUCAACAACAGGCGCGACAGCGGUGUCGGUAGCGAUGCCGCCAACAGUAGUGGCAGCGGAAGCAAUCGCGUUGGCCUACCGGCCGUUACAGACAUCGCAGGUAUCUUGGACAGAGCUGCCGAGGGCCAGGCCCCAUUGGACGCGGAGCUGGAAUCGAUGCGCGACAUACUGGGACGAUUGGCGCGGCGCGACGAUGUGCCUGACGAGUUUUGGACCAGUGCUGGUCUGGUCCCUCCGGUGUUUGAAGGCAUGCCCAGGAGGGAGCAGCGCGAAAGGGAGCGGCUCUAG